AUGGCGCUACACAGUACAGUGAAGUCUAUUCUCAAUGUGAAGCUUUCUGAUGGAAAGAUCAUUCCAUUAUCCCCAGUGAUUGUGGGCAAAUUGGGAAAAGACCCAAAUAAAACUACAAUUUGCAUUUAUGGACAUGUUGAUGUCCAACCUGUAAGAAUUGAAGAUGGUUGGACUACAAAUCCAUGUGUGUUAACAGAGAAGAAUGGCAAUCUUUAUGGAUGUGGAAGUUCAGAUGACAAGGAUCCUAUUUUAGCUUGGCUACAUGCCAUUGAAGCAUUUCAAAAAUUGAAGCAAGGGCUGCCAGUGAACGUAAAUUUUAUUUUUGAAGGUAUGGAGGAAUCUGGAUCCAGUGGGCUAGAUAAUCUCUUAACUAAGAAAAAUGAGACCUUUUUUUCCAAUGUAGAAUUCAUUGUUAUGUCAGACAGUUCAUGGCUAAGCAAGGAGCCAGUUGUGAGCUAUGGAACACGAGGACUGAGCUACUUCAUCCCGCAGGUAGAAGGUGCAAAUCAAGAUUUGCACUCUGGUUCAUAUGAGGGAACAGUACAUGAGGCAAUGACUGACUUGAUAGCUCUCUUGGACAGUCUUGUGAAUUCAUCUGGUCAUAUUCUGAUUCCAGGCAUCGAUUCAGAUGUUGUGCCCCUAACAGAUGGGGAGCGUCUUCUGUGUGAACCAAUUGAAUUUAAUCUUGAAGCCUUCAAGCAUACUAUUGGUACAACAGAACUCCUUCAUAAAACCAAGGUGGAUGUUCUCCUUCAUCGAUGGCGAUCAUCACUUUCUAUUCAUGGGAUUGAAGGAGCUUUUUCAGGACCAGGAACUAAAACUGUUAUUCCAGUCAAAGUGAAGGGAAAAUUCUCCAUAUACUUAGUGCCAAACAUGGAUCCAGAAAAGCUGAGAAAUCAAGUGAAGACAUAUCUUAAUGGAGUGUUUGCAGAAAGUAGAAGUCCCAACGAACUAUGAAUCACUUUACAAUCUGGAUCAAAAGCUUGGCUUGCUGAUGUCACUGACAAACAAUAUAAUGCAGGACGAAGAGCCUUUAGAAAAAUUUUUGGAAUUGAAGCUGACCUGAUCCGUGCAGGAGGAACGAUUCCCAUUGCCAGGACAUUCCAACAUACAAUGCAGAAAAGUGUGAUGCUGCUGCCAACUGGUGGAGCUAACGAUGGUAUACAUUCUCAGAAUGAGAAACUCAGCAGGGAAAACUAUAUAGAUGGGACAAAGUUGUUUGCAGCAUUUAUGAUUGAGAUUUCACAGCUUUAA